AUGAGUGCAAACAAACCGAAUUCCAGCACGCUGAGCAGUGCCGUACUGCUUGAAUGGAAAAAUCUAACCGUCAGUGUGCAGCCAUCAUCCGACAGACAAUUGGCAUCCGCAAACGAGUGGCAUGGUCGGCCAGGACAUCAAAAAAAGAAAGAAAUUACAUUGCUUCGAAAUGCCAGCGGUGCAGUACGAUCCGACAAUUUGGUGGCCAUUAUGGGCCCAAGUGGUGCUGGCAAAACAACGCUACUGGCCGCCAUCUCAAUGCGAAUCACCGGCUCCACCACCGUCCAUGGAAAGGUGCUUAUCAACGGUCUGUACGUGACCAGGACGCAGAUGAAACAGCUGACCGGAUUCGUGCCACAGUACGAGAUCGCCCUACAGACACUGACCGUUGCUGAGCAUCUAACCUUUGUGGCUAGACUUAAAAAUGUCGGAUAUGUCGCUGUGCUGCGCAUCAUCAACGAGCUGGGACUGCAGGGCUGCUGGGGGACGCGGAUCGCUCAGCUGUCGGGCGGUGAGCGAAAGAAGGUGAAUUUGGCCGGCGAGUUGCUUACCGAGCCGGACAUUCUUUUCUGUGACGAACCAACUACCGGAUUGGACAGCUUCAAUGCUGCGUCGGUAAUGAAAACACUCCAGAGUCUGUGUGCCAACGGUCGGCGAGCGGUGAUAUGCACGAUUCACGACCCUCCUUCACAGGUGUUUCAGUGUUUCAGCGAUGUUAUCCUGCUGCAAGACGGCGGAACCGUCUUCUAUCAGGGACCGACGGCCGAUCGGAUGGAUUUUUUCAGCUCCAUUGGCAAACAGCUGCCGGCGAGUGGAAAUCCUGCCGACUUUUACUUCCAGCUCGUAAGUCCCGAUGCGAUCGCGUUCGCGGCCAGUGAAGCCGAUGAAGCCAUUCAUCGGUACGAGAUCGUGCGCAGGGCGUGUCGGGAAAAUAUCGCUCGAAAGUGUCUCAUGACCCGGUACCAUCAGGCAAAGAUCAUCCAGAAGCUGGCCAACGACAAACACCGCGUGUGCCGGGCCAAACAGCUCACGAUACUGCUCCAUCGUACGGCUCUCGAUAGCUUUCGAAAUGUGCGCGAGUAUCUUACAGUGACGGCUAUAUUUUUGUUUACCAGCGUUGUGAUAGCGUCCCUGUACUACGAAGUACGUCCAGCUUCACAAACCUCAAUCCAGGACAUUCGCGGAGCACUGUUUCUGAUGAUAAGCGAACUGGUUUACACGAUCAGCUACGGUGUGUUCUACACGUUUCCCUCCGAGAUGCCACUGAUCCGCCGUGAGGUGGGCGAGAAGAGCUAUAACCUCUCCGUGUAUUAUGUCCACAAAGUCCUGUACAGUGUACCACGGGCAUUCUUCGAGUCGUUUCUAUUCAUUGGCGUGGUGUACGCAUUUGUCGGGUUCACGACUGACAUUCUCACGUACUGCUGCAUGUCGCUAGUGUCCAGCGGUGCGAGUAUACUGGCCAUGGCCUACGGCUAUUUGCUGUCCUGCACAACCGGCACGAUGAACAUGGCCAUCGAGACAAGCAAUAUCGUGUUUCUCGCCUUCAUGCUACUUGGUGGUCUCUAUCUCAACCUGCGCGCAUUCCCGCUGCUCAAGUACCUCUCAUUUUUCUUCUACGCCAGCGAGGGAGUCUCCGUCUACUAUUGGCUGCCGAUGGAGUCGAUCCCCUGCAAUGAGUCAUCGAACGGCAACGAAACCACCACCUGCCUAGCGAACGGAAAAGCCGUCCUAGAGGACGCUGGAUACGCGACAUCUUACGAGGCACUCCAUCUCAACUAUCUCGUCAUGGCAGUACAAAUUGUCCUGGUACACCUGGUGGCGUACAUGCUGCUGCGGAAGUUUGUCCGCAAGGCGGGAUUCUACUGA